UCACCACAUCCACCAAAGAAAUCUCCACCUCCUCCCUACUACUACAGCUCUCCACCUCCACCAAAGAAGUCUCCACCUCCGCCAUACCAUUACACAUCACCAUCUCUACCAAAGAAGUCUCCACCUCCUCCCUACUACUAUAGCUCUCCACCUCCACCAAAGAAGUCUCCAUCUCCUCCAUACUACUACUUAUCACCACCUCCACCAAAGAAAUCUCCACCUCCUCCCUACUACUAUAGCUCUCCACCUCUACUAAAGAAGUCUCUACCUUCGCCAUACCACUACACAUCACCACCUCCACUAAAGAAGUCUCCACCUCCUCCCUACUACUAUAGCUCCCCACCUCGACCAAACAAGUCCCCACCUCCACCAUACUACUACUCAUCACUAUCUCCACCAAAAAUAUCUCCACCUCCUCCAUAUUAUUAUAACUCUCCACCUCCACCUUCUCCAUCACCACCACCUCCUUAA